GACGAGGCGUACACGCUGAUCGUGCCCGCGGACGGCACGCCCGCGGUCGUGCGCGCCAACUCGACGCUCGGGCUCUUCCGCGGGCUCACGACGUUCGGCCAGAUGUGGUACGCGCUGCCCGGCGCGGGCAAGGACGCCGCGACGUACGCGCUUGGCGUGCCCGUGUGGAUCGAGGACAGCCCGGCGUACCCGUAUCGCGGGCUCACGCUCGACACCGCGCGGAACUACUUCCCUGUAGCGGACAUUAAGCGGACGCUGGACGCGAUGAGCUGGGUCAAGAUCAACACGUUCCACUGGCACGUGGUCGACUCGCAGAGCUUCCCGCUCCAGAUCCCCGGCUUCGAGGACCUCGCCGCGACGGGCGCCUACUCCGCCGAGCAGGUCUACUCCCCCGCGGACGUCGCGGAUGUCGUCGCCUACGCUGGCGCGCGCGGGAUCGACGUGCUCGCCGAGAUCGAUACGCCCGGACACACGUCGGUCAUAUCAAAGGCGCACCCGGAGCACAUCGCGUGCGCAGAGGCCACCCCAUGGGCAACAUACGCGAACGAGCCCCCCGCAGGCCAGCUGCGCCUCACGAACGCGACCGCGACGUACACCGCGUCGCUCCUGCGCGCGGCCGCCGCGCUCUUCCCGUCGUCGCUCUUCAGCACGGGCGGCGACGAGAUCAACGCGCGGUGCUACGCGGACGACGCGCAGACGCAGGCUGCGCUCGUCGCGGGCGGGCAGACGGUCGAGCAGGCGCUGAGUGACUUCGUCGGCGUGACCGGGGACGCGGUGCGCGGCGCGGGGAAGCGCGUCGUGGUGUGGGAAGAGAUGGUGCUGGACCAUAACGUGACGCUCGCGAACGACACGGUCAUCAUGGUCUGGAUCUCGUCCCUGAACGCGGCGAAGGUCGCGCAGAAGGGGUUCGACCUCGUCCACGCUGCGUCCGACUACUUCUACCUCGACUGCGGCGGCGGCGGAUGGGUCGGCGCGUACCCCGAAGGCAACAGCUGGUGCGACCCCUUCAAGACCUGGCAAAAGGCCUACUCCUUCGACCCGCUCGCGAACCUAACCACCCCCACCGAGCGCGCACGCGUCCUCGGCGGGCAGCACCUCCUCUGGACCGAACAAUCCGGCCCCGCGAACCUCGACCCCGUCGUCUGGCCGCGCGCCGCCGCCUCCGCCGAGGUCUUCUGGUCCGGCGCCGCCGCGACCGCGAACGUGAGCGCCGCGCUGCCGCGCCUGCACGACGUCGCGUACCGGUUUGAGCGCCGUGGCGUAAGGGCGAUAAGGUUGCAGCCCGAGUGGUGUGCGCUGAGGCCGGGGGCGUGUGAUUUGACGGCGUGAGUGCCGGGGAGGGGAACGUUGGAGUGGGCGAGGGGGUGGUUCGUGCUUGUGGGUUGGGUUGGAGGCGGACUCUUUCGUAGUGCUGAUUAUAUAGGUCGCGCGGGCUGGACCGGAUUGUAGUUAUUUCUUUGGUUUCUCUGGAGCUCUUUUCGUUUGCUCCCUCUAUCAC